AUGCGUGGGGCAUUUUCUUGUAAUUAUAGACUUCAACCAACGUCAGUGGUUCCCUUUCACGCGGCGAUCCCGCGGUACCUCCUCUCACGGCCUCUCCUCGUCGUCCGUCGUGUCGUCUCAAACAGCCGAACACGCACUAUCACAGUCGCGGCCCUAUCGCGACUGCCUCGCUACCACGUUUCCGCACUAGCCCCAGCAGCCGCACUUGAGUGCGCGAACGACAGCAGAAACGGGAGCUUCCAACCCCGUGCAACCGCCUCGUCUUCCUUCUCGCCAGCUCAAUUCGCAUUCCCGCCUCCCCGUUUCUCCUUUCCAAUCCCCAGGACCCCUUCCGGUCACCCCGUUUCCCCUUCCCGCUUCCCCAAUUCCCCUUCCCGCCUCUCCGUUUCCCCUUCCCGCUCCCCGUUUCCCCUUCCCACCACCCCGUUUCCCCAUCCCGCUCCCCGUUACCCCUCCCCGCCUCCUCGAUUCCCCUUCCCGCCUCCCCGUUUCCCCAUCGCGCUCCCCGUUACCCCUUCCCGCCUCCUCAAUUCCCGUUCCCGCCUCCCCGUUUCCCCUUCCCGCUCCCGAUUUCCCCUUCCCGCCUCCCCGUUUCCCCGUCCCGUUCCCGUUUCCCCUUCCCGCCUUCCCGGUUCCCCGUCCCGCUCCUCGUUUCCCCUUCCCGCCUCCCCGUCGACCCUUCUCGCUCCCCGUUUCCCCUCCCCGCUCCCCGUUUCCGCUUCCCACCUCCCCGUUACCCCUUCCCGCCUCCUCAUUUCCCCUUCCCGCCUCCCCGUUUCCCCUUCCCGCCACCCCCGUUUCCCCUUCCCGUCUUCCCAUUACCCCUUCCCGCCUCCCCGAUUUUGCUUCCUGCUCCCCAUUUCCCCUUCCCUCCUCCCCGUUUCCCCUUCCCGCUCCCCGUUUCCCCUUCCCACCACCCCGUUUCCCCAUCCCGAUCCCCGUUACCCCUCCCCGCCUCCUCAUUUCCCCUUCCGCCUCCCCGUUUCCCCUUCCCGCCUCCCCAAUUCCCCUUUCUGCCACCCCGUUUCCCCUUCCCCGUCUCCCCGGUACCCCUUCCCGCCUCCCCGUUUCCCCUUCCCGCCUCCCCAAUUCCCCUUUCCGCCACCCCGUUUCCCCUCCCCGUCUCCCCAUUACCCCUCCCCCCUUCCUCCCUCUCAUUUCCCCCCCUUCUCCUUUUUCUCCCCGCUUCUCCCUCUCAUUCGCCCCCUUGCUCCCUCGCAUGUCCCCCCUUUCCCCCUCUCGUUUCCCUCCCAUUCACCUGCCCAUUUGCCCCCCUUCUCCCUCUCAUCUCCCCCCUUUCUCCUUCUGUUUCGCCCUUCUCACACUCUUCCCCCUCCCCACCUUGCUCACUAUAUUCCCCGCUACUCACUCUCUUUCCCCCUGCUCACUAUCUUCCCACCAGCUCGCUCCCUUCCCCCCCCCAUCACUUUGUUUAGGGUUGCUCACUCUGUUUCACCCUUGCUCCCUCUGUUUCACCAGUGCUUCCCCCCAUCCCCUUCCCUGCUUCCCCCCAUCCCCUUCCCUGCUUCCCCCCAUCCCCUUCCCUGCUUCCCCCCAUCCCCUUCCCUGCUUCCCCCCAUCCCCUUCCCUGCUUCCCCCCAUCCCCUUCCCUGCUUCCCCCCAUCCCCUUCCCUGCUUCCCCCCAUCCCCUUCCCUGCUUCCCCCCAUCCCCUUCCCUGCUUCCCCCCAUCCCCUUCCCUGCUUCCCCCCAUCCCCUUCCCUGCUUCCCCCCAUCCCCUUCCCUGCUUCCCCCCAUCCCCUUCCCUGCUUCCCCCCAUCCCCUUCCCUGCUUCCCCCCAUCCCCUUCCCUGCUUCCCCCCAUCCCCUUCCCUGCUUCCCCCCAUCCCCAUCCCUGUUUCCCCCCAUCCCCUUCCGUGCUUCCCCCCAUCCCCUUCCGUGCUUCCCCCCAUCCCCUUCCCUGCUUCCCCCCAUCCCCAUCCCUGUUUCCCCCCAUCCCCUUCCGUGCUUCCCCCCAUCCAAUUCCCUGCUUCCCCCCAUCCCCUUCUCUGUUUCCCCCCAUCCCCUUCCCUGCUUCCCCCCAUCCCCUUCCCUGCUUCCCCCCAUCCCCUUCCCUGCUUCCCCCCAUCCCCUUCCCUGCUUCCCCCCAUCCCCUUCCCUGCUUCCCCCCAUCCCCUUCCCUGCUUCCCCCCAUCCCCAUCCCUGUUUCCCCCCAUCCCCUUCCGUGCUUCCCCCCAUCCCCUUCCGUGCUUCCCCCCAUCCCCUUCCCUGCUUCCCCCCAUCCCCUUCCCUGCUUCCCCCCAUCCCCUUCCGUGCUUCUCCCCAUCCCCUUCCCUGCUUCCCCCCAUCCCCUUCUCCCAUCCCAUUCCCUUGCUCCCUAUGUUUCCCCUUGCUCACUCUGUUUCGCCCUUCUCACACCCUUCCCCCUCCUCUUUUUCCACCUUGCUCACUAUAUUCCCCGCUACUCACCCUCUUUCAUUCUGCUCACUAUCUUCCAACCAGCUCGCUCUCUUCCCCCCCACCACUUUGUUUAGGGUUGCUCAUUCUGUUUCACCAGUGCUCCCUCCCCCCCUUCUCUUCUCACUCUCGUCCCCCUUGCUCACUCUCUUCACUUCUUCUCACUCUGCUUCCCACUGCUUCCUCUCUUCCCCCCCUCUCACCAUAUCCCCCAAUGCAGGGUACAUGUGCCCAGCAGCAGAUGUUGUGGCUUUACCACGGCCUGGUAUAUUGAUCGCAGUGUAG